AUGGUGUUCAGGAAUGUUUUGCCCAUCCUGGCAAUAUCUAAAUUAUUGGCUAUUUCUAUGGGUGUGCGAUAUCUUAAAGCCAAUGGUAAAGGUUUGAGCAGAAAUAUUGAUGAUACUUCCACAAUUGUUAAAUGGCAUCCGUCAGAUAGGAGUUUUGUUAAGUUAAAUUUUGAUGGUUCUGUGGCUGGGGACAAGGUGGCGGCGGCAUUUGUCUUGAGGAAUCAUAAUGGGCAGAUUAUUGGAGGUGAAGCUUUAAAUCUGGAUGGUGCCACUAUUUCUGAAGUGAAGGCUAAGGCUCUCAGAGAGGGCCUUCUUUUUGCUCAGAGGAAGGGCUAUAAAAAGAUUAUGGUUAAAGGUGACUCUAAAUUGGUCAUUCAGUCAGUGUUGGACCAGGGUGCGACACCAUGGAAUCUAGUUCCGAUUAUUGAAGAUGUCAAGUGGAUGGCGACCAAUUAUGAUUGCAUUCACUAG